UCGUAAAAAAAAUCAGCAAAAAUGGUUAUUUCCCAUCAACCUGGGCACCCUGAUAGCACACUCGUUAAAACUUUUUUAUGCUCCUCCCGCUCAACUCCACCACUCCCUCCAUCAAAUUGAUAUACGACACUUUACUGAGUUGUUAUCUCUCUAAAUCCCAAUAGGACUUAAUUUCCUCUCAACUUAUUUAGUAAGAAUUCAGCGCUAAAAUGCAAAGUAAAAGUAUACUGAAAAGAGUAUCAACAUGAAGGAUAUUUUACAUCAAAAACAAAAUCAUAUCCCCUUUUUGUAACAUAGAAGAAAAAUGUUUUUCAAAAAAACUGUAAUCCCUGCCGAAUUCAUGUUUGUAAUUUCCUUUUCUAAAAAUUUUGAUUUAAUUCAGGAAGGUAUUACACAGAAAUGUACUGUUUUUCUCCCCGUGAAUUCUAUAGGUAGCUUGAUAGCUGCAUGCAACAUCCACACGGCAGCUUCAUACGCAACAAAAGGAUAUUCGGUUUCAUAUUUAGACAACGAGAGUUCGAGUUUCAAGAUACGAUUUUAGAGGAUUUGAAUGAAAAAGUUGAUGGCGGGCAUGGGAUGGGGGAGGAUUGAUAAAGGUAGAAUAAAACCUAUAGAUAUAUGCAUUCACCCAUAUGCUAAUGUCACAUCGAAAAGGGAUGAAAACGCUAACAACGAACAACGAAGUUCCGUCCGUUGUCAUUCGUCGUUGUCGUUCAUGAGGACUAAGAGAACGAUGAGGACGACGAUGAAAAUGCACCCUUCAUUUGUUGUUUUGACAAAAUAUUCACUCACCUGUCCUCGUGCUGUCGCCAUGGCGCCAACCAUGACCAAAACCAAAACAAAUUCGAUUUCCUGCUAUAGUCCGUUCCUCAUUUGGAAUUCUGUCAGUAAGCGUUGUGAAUCAAGUUGCAAACACACAUUCACAGUUAGUCAUCAGUUUUCAGUUCAGAGUUUUCCGAAUUUUUGAAUGUGGAGAAUUUAUUGCAUAAAGCCACAACUUUGUGCCGUUAUAGGAGGAAAUUGAUGGCGGAGGUGCAUAUCGUCGGACAGAUAUUGAAGGCAGCCGAUUUUGAAGAGUCUCAUCUCUUCUGCAAGUGGAGCCUUCAAACUGGUUCCGCUUGGAAAGUUGUACAAGGCAGGUCGGAAGGACGGAGCUUUGUUUGCUCGAACCCGCUAGAGAAAUCUUCGGAAUUUUGUUGUCCAUUGGAUAUACAUUUGGCCACUGGCAGUGUGCAGGGUUGGCCAAAAUUGCACGUGGAAAUUUACGCAGUGAAUUUUCUUAAGAAUACCUGGCCUGUUGGAUUUGGAGUUGUUUAUAUUCCUACGUGCCCUGGAUACCAUCGAAUAGAAGUAGACACUUGGAAAGUUGCUCCCGUAACAAUUUGGGAUAGUGUAAGAGAAAAAUUUGGAGCGGGUGGGAUUGCACUUAGUAAGGAGGAUCUUAUAUUUUCGGGAGUUGAAAGAUACAAAUUGAAAACAAAAACAUCAGGAAGUGUUGUAAUUGAAGUAUCUUUAAUAUUUCGAAAUUUUUCAAAAUACGGCGUUGAAUUUUCUUAAUUAAGAACUAAAACCAAUA